UCAUAACAAACAGAUUAAGUUUAAUACGUAUUUAUUGCUGAACUAACUUAUCUAUAUACUAAUGCGAAUAACUAGUGAGGACUGGUCAUGUUCUCAUUGACCGUUCAAUUCCACUCCAGGUGCAUUCUUUAUCCCAUAUAUUCACAGAAAACAUCAUUGUUCAAUAGAAUUUGUAGAUCAAAAUGAUCACAUCAUUAGUUCUUCUUGUAAGCAUAUUUUCCCCAAUUCAAGCCUUAUUUCCCCAGUACGCACAAUUCUAUAGAGAAAACUCUUACGGUUGUUUUGGAAGAAACUAUCAGUAUACAUUUGAGAGCUUAACGAUACCAGCACCUUCGUGGAAUGUGAUCAGUUUUAGGGGCCGAGGAGUGUGGGUGCUCGAGUAUGGGGAAACGAAAACUAUUGUGACCGGAGGACUUCGAGACUCUUGUGUGACCGGCCUUCCCACUGGAAAAGUUUCAAUCACCGCCACCAAGAUCCUGAACGUGGAGCUGGAAGAGUCCUCAAUUGCCCUUUUUCCAAGCAGGGACAAUAUUACCGUGGAUGACAUCGUUACGACGACAUCGCCAGAGUACAGCUUGAGCUCCCCACAAAGUUUUGAGGUCUUUUCGUCCACUGGAAUUAAAGACUAUGCAUUGUACGCCGGAGUUGAUUUCACGGGGCCUUCAGCCUGCCUGAAAGUCUACCAUUCUGAUGCAACUGAAGGGUACGGAGUGACAACGGCAAUGGAGAGGACCAUAGUCGUAGGAUCCGUUAGGGUGGGCUGCUUGGGGAAUGAGCAUAUCGUGCUGAAUUGAGAACACAUUACGAAUUUAUUUUUACUUGUAAAUCUUUGUCAAUAAAUAGCUUUACAAUGUAUGCAGAAAA